AAGCAAAGCCAUUAAAAGAGAGAGAGUGAAACUCCAAUCCACCCAUCCACCCAUGGCGAAACUAGCAGCUGUUUUAUUCCUCCUACUAACGCUGCAACUAUGCUGCGGUGCGUCUAGCCAUUCAUAUCCUCCUCCUCGUCCAUCACUGAUCUCUUCAGAACGUUGUCUUCCUGACGAGAGCAUUGCACUGCUGCAGUUCAAGAACUCAUUCGUCGUCGGAGUAGUCAAUCACGACGACGACAAAAUGGCAACGUGGAAGGAAGGGUCGGACUGUUGCUCGUGGGAAGGUGUCACUUGCGACCGUUUCAGCAGUCAUGUCGUCGGCCUCCACCUUGGUUGUGACCAACUGUCCUACAUCCCUUGUCGGCGGUUUCAGGGGACUGAUCUGCAUCCAAACAGCUCCCUCUUCCACUUGCGGCACCUCCGGAGCCUCGAUCUGUCCUACAAUGACUUCAGUGGCUCCACCAUUCCCUCAACCUUCACCCAGUUGACCAGCCUGGCUCAUCUCAACCUCUCUUAUUCGGGGUUUUCCGGUCACAUCCCACUCGGGUUCAGCCGUCUCAACAAGCUUGUCACACUUGAUCUUUCCUAUAAUCGGCCAUAUGGUGAUCAAGAAAGAGCACUCUCCUUUGGCGACAACGACGAUUUCUCCAAGCUGAUGCUGAACGCCACGGGAUUAAGCGAGCUUCUGCUUUAUGGCGUGAAUAUGUCAAACAUCAAACCGUCCUCCUUCUCCAACUUAUCACACUCCAUGACAUAUAUCGGCCUUUCCGACUCUGGAUUAGUAGGGGAUUUUCCGGAGAGCGUCUUCCGCCUCCCAAACCUCCAAGGGUUUGUUCUCUAUGAAAAUCCACAGCUCUCCUCCGUUGUUCAGCUCUCCGUUCAAUUUCCAUUCUCGAAUUGGACUGCUAGCCACCUUAAGGUAUUAGCUCUCUCCUCAGUCAAUUUCUCUCGACAACUGAUGAUCCCAGCUUCAAUCGGGGAUUUGAAGUCCUUGCACACUUUAUUCCUUUACGUCUGUUCAUUUUCGGGGUCAGUCCCAGAUUUUAUAGGGAACCUCACGUCCUUGACUGAUUUCGGCCUUGGAGGUAAUUCAUUAUCCGGGAGAUUUCCUGAUAAUAUUUUUCGCAACCUAGUUCAGCUGGAAGUCUUGGAUUUGAAUAGCAACAAAUUUUCUGGCUGGUUUCCUGGUACUUUCGGUAACCUCUCACACAGACUUACAGAUCUACUCCUUUCCAAUAACAAUUUCACAGGUCCUAUUCCAUCUCUCAUCUUUAACCUGCCAAAACUUCGAUACUUGGAUUGUUCAUACAAUCAGCUUGUGGGUCCACUUCCAAGUCAAGUAGUCAAUAUUGGCUUGAAUAGUAUACAGUGGACCUACUUGUCACGUAACUUCCUCAAUGGAACCAUCCCAUCUUGGAUGCUAGCCCUUCCAUCCUUGCAUUGGUUGGACCUCAGUUCUAACUUGUUAACAGGAGAGAUCCCUGAGUUCCAAUCGAGUUCCUUAGGAGCGAUUCAUCUACAACAAAAUCAAUUGUCAGGUCUUGUACCAAACACAAUCUUCAACCUUGUGAACGUUUCCGAGAUCGAUCUCAGUUCAAACAAGUUGAGCGGUGUAUUCCAUUUGGAUAGUAUUAGAACUCUAAAAAAUCUUGAAUAUCUUAGUCUUUCACAUAAUAAUAAUAUUUCAAUACUAUUUGAUAGCACUCCACAUAAUUCUACCUGGAUUUCUUCACUUCUAUACUUAAACCUGUCUUCUUGUAACAUUACCAGAAUCCCAAGCUUCUAUCUUGACUUCUUUCCCUCUCUCCGGUCACUUGAUCUCUCUCACAACUUUUUAAACUCCAUGACCAUCCUACCACCUCACAUGGAAGGGCUUCUGUACCUUGACCUAAGCUACAACAAGUUGACAGGGAGGAUGCCACAUCACAUAUGUAAUAUCACCACCCUUGACGUCAUCAACUUGUCUAACAACAGCUUGAGUGGCAGCAUACCUGAAUGCUUGGUCAACCUUACCGAUUUGACAGUCUUGCAAUUGAGGAUGAACAACUUCCACGGUUCAGUUCCAUCCAUAUUUGGCAAUAUGAGCUCAUUGGAAAAUCUGGAUUUAAACGGCAACAUAUUGGGAGGUCCAUUGCCGCAAAGCUUAACAGGGUGCAAGGAGCUUCAAGUAUUGGAUGUCGGGAACAAUGAACUUAAUGGUGUUUUCCCAUUUUGGUUGUCAUCUCUUCCUGGGCUCAAAGUUCUCAUCUUGCACAAUAAUAGUUUCCAUGGCACUAUCACGACCGAGAGUAUGGAUCCCAUGAACAGCUUUCCCAUGUUGCGGAUAUUGGACAUCUCCAACAACUACUUCAACGGUCUUCUGCCCGCAAGCUUGUUUCACAAGUUCCCGGCCAUGAUGAUGCUGCAUGAGUCCGAGAAAAUUGGAGUGCAUUACAUUGCACGGUCAAGUGAUAAUGAGUACUACUCUGUUGUUCUGAUAGUGAAAGGCCAAGAGAUGAUGAUAACCAAAAUCCUCACCAUCUUCACCACCGUGGACUUGUCGAACAACAAUUUCCACGGCAGUAUUCCAGACGCAAUCGGAGAGCUCAAGUCACUUCUACUCCUUAAUCUGUCACACAACAACUUCAUUGGCCCAAUCCCAUCUUCCCUGGUGAACUUGAACGAACUUGAAUUCUUGGAUCUCUCCUCAAACCAACUUACAGGGGAGAUCCCAUCACGAUUGGCAAGUUUGACAUCUCUUGCAAAAUUGAACUUGUCACGAAAUUCACUCCAGGGGUCGAUACCUCAAGGCAAACAAUUCGACACAUUCGAUAAUACUUCUUACAUUGGAAAUGAAGGGUUGUGCGGGCUUCCUUUGUCCAAGAAGUGCGGAGGCGAUGAUCAUAAUGAUGAGGAUUCUGAACCUGCAGAAUCCGAGUCCGAUGUAACACUGUUUGAUUGGACAUUCGCAGGUGCUGGGUAUGGAUCCGGGCUAGUGAUCGGAGUAUCGACCGCCUACAUUAUGUUCAUAAUCAGGAAGCCACGGUGGCUGGUGGAGAUGAUAGAUAAUUGUAUUCGACGGCAACACCAGGCUAGACGGUGGAGGCCGGCGAUAAGAUUUUAACACUACUGAAUACUGAUCAAAUAAGUGCAAGUCGGAGUU